CGAACACCCCACCCCCUCCAACAAGAUUCGCUACCACCGAUUGUCGCUAUGCAUCAUCAAGACUUGUUCGAAAAAUAACAACUGGGAACAACAGUUCUGCACGUUACUUGCUUCCACCUGUCUCUAUUCAGUUGCUCACUCUCAUUAUCCCUGCUUCCGGACUUCUUUCCAGCGAUUCAAUUCGAUUCGGAACUUCGGCGAUCUGUAUCUGAAUCUCCUUUAGUUUAAUCUGUGUCUUUCUUCUUGAAUGGCGGCAAUACUGGCUUCUAACAGCUGCUAUUGCCGUGAUGUGCAAUUGGUAAAUCAAGGGAGAACAACGGACAAUCUCAGCUUUUCAAGAUCAAUAUCUACCCUGAAGUUGGAUAGGCAUGAAUGUAAACCUAAAAUUGAGAGGUUUCACAGGUUUCAUGUUGAGAUGCAACAGACAGAAUCACCCAUGAAAUUUGGUAGCAAUGGUCAACCUGCAAAACUGGAUACAAAUGGUCAACCUGUUAAGUUGGGUGCUAAUGGUAAACCAGUGAAUUUGGGUGCCAACGGUCAACCUGUAAAGUUGGGAAAGAAUGGUCAAGCAAUCACCAUGGUUCCUACCAGUGAGGUGGUGAAAAACAAGCCUCUAUCCAAACAAACAGCAGGGGUAGUGAAUGGAUCAACACAAGUUGUUAAUGGAACAAGUCUUGUUAAGAGAACGACCACCCCAGCACCAGUUAAAUCUGUAAAAGUCAGAGAACCCACUGGAUUUCUGCCUUCUGAAGAAUUGAAAGUCUUGCCAUCAGAUGAAAGUUUCAGCUGGGCAAAUGAAAAUUAUAAUUCAGUACAAAGAUCAAUAGAUGUGUGGUCUUUUGUUCUUUCUCUUCGUGUUCGUGUCCUGUUCGACAAUGCAAAGUGGGCAUAUCCUGGAGGCUUCACAGAGGACAAGCAGAAAAGCAGAAGAAGGAAAACAGCUGCAUGGCUAAGAGAGUGUGUGCUUCAACUUGGCCCAACCUUUAUCAAACUUGGGCAGUUAUCUUCAACAAGGUCAGAUCUAUUUCCACGUGAAUUUGUCGAUGAGCUCGCCAAGUUACAGGACAGAGUACCGGCCUUUUCACCAGCAAAAGCCAAAAGUUUCAUAGAGAAAGAAUUGGGAGCUCCAGUUAAUGUAAUCUUCAAGGAGUUUGAAGAAAGACCAAUUGCAGCUGCUAGUCUGGGUCAGGUACAUCGUGCAAUAUUACAUAAUGGAGAAAAAGUAGUUAUCAAAGUUCAAAGACCUGGUCUGAAGAAACUUUUUGACAUUGAUUUACGAAAUUUGAAGUUAGUUGCGGAGUAUUUUCAAAGAAGUGAAUCUCUCGGUGGUCCGACAAGGGACUGGAUAGGCAUCUAUGAUGAAUGUGCGAAGAUUUUGUACGAGGAGAUUGAUUAUAUAAAUGAAGGGAAAAAUGCUGAUAAAUUUCGUCGAGAUUUUCGUAAUAUAAAGUGGGUCCGAGUGCCUCAAGUAUUCUGGGAUUAUACAGCACAGAAGGUGCUGACAUUGGAGUAUGUUCCAGGCAUUAAGAUUAAUAACUUAGAUGCGAUAAAAGAAAGGGGUUUCAGUCGAUCCCAAAUCUCUUCACACGCCAUUGAAUCGUACUUGAUUCAGAUACUUAAAACAGGUUUCUUUCAUGCCGACCCUCAUCCUGGAAAUCUUGCUAUCGAUGUGGAUGAAUCAUUAAUCUACUAUGAUUUUGGCAUGAUGGGGGAGAUCAAGUCCUUCACAAGAGAAAGAUUAAUGGAUCUUUUCUAUGCAGUUUAUGAAAAAGAUGCAAAAAAGGUUAUGAACAGUUUGAUAAGUCUUGAAGCGCUUCAACCUACUGGAGACAUGUCAGCAGUUAGGAGAUCUGUUCAGUUCUUUUUGGAUAAUUUGCUAAGUCAGUCACCAGAUCAGGAGACCACUUUGGCAGCAAUAGGCGAGGAUUUAUUUUCUAUAGCAACAGAUCAGCCUUUCCGGUUUCCAUCCACCUUCACAUUUGUUAUUAGGGCAUUUUCCACUCUUGAAGGAAUUGGCUAUUUACUCGUUCCAGAUUUUUCAUUCGUCAAGAUUGCUGCACCUUAUGCACAGGAGCUGUUAGAUCUUAAACAACAGCGGCGCAGUGGAACACAACUUGUCCAGGAAAUACAAAAGCAAGCCAAUGACGCAAGAUCAUACACCGUGUCGAUGCCUUACAGAGUUCAGCGGAUCGAAGAGUUUGUGAAACAACUAGAAUCAGGAGACAUUAAACUUCGUGUCAGAGUUCUGGAGUCUGAACGAGCAGCUCGGAAGGCCACAAUAUUGCAAAUGGCAACCUUGUACACGGUUAUUGGGGGUACGCUCGUAAACAUAGGUGUCACAUUUAGCAGCCAAGGCAGCCAACUUAUAGCAAAUGGAUCGUUUGUUGCUGCAGGUGUAUUUAUAGCCCUGCUCCUUAGGUCCAUGCAAAGGGUGAAGAAGCUUGACAAAUUUGAAAAGAUGAUAUAGAAACAGUGGUUAGAUUGAAGUCCCAUAACAGCAUUUCUGUUAACCCAUAUUUAUUACUUUGUAUACACAGCUGUAUAGAAAAGAUACUAAAGCUCAAUUGCAAAUGAAUGGAACACACACACACACACACAUAUAUAUA